AUGGGCAACGAAGCCAGUCUAGAAGGAGGUGAGGGGGAGCUGUCCGGAUUACCGGAGGGUCUCGUACCUGAUGGGAAAGGGGGAUUCGUGCGGGUCCCCGGCGGACCGGAGGCGGACCUGAGCCAACUCAGCGAGGAGGACAGGAAGCAGCUCGCCGCGGCGAUGUCAAGGGCGCAGGCGAGGCAGCCCAGAGGCGCAGCAGGAGCUCGAAGACCUUCAGAAGCUGAUGCCCAACAGUGUUCUCAGCAGGUAGGAGUUGGGGCCUCCAGAGGCCCCCCUGGUCUCAGCAAAAGUCGGACUGUUGACGCCUUCAGCCAGGGUCCAGUUGGCAAGCCCAGUCCGGGCCGCAGCCCUUCAUCCCUCAGCCUACUCGAAUCCCGAUUCCGGCAGGAGCCUAAAGACCCCGAAACCAAGUCCAGCGGCAUGUUCGGCUCCAGCUUCCUUAGCGGGGCGAACCCGCUUAGCGCUGUCUCAUCAAUGACUUCUUCUGUCUCCUCCUCCAUGUCAUCCAUGGGUGACGCUGUCAACAUGCCCAAGUUUGGCCUGUUUGGGGAUGAUGAGGAGGGAGAUGGGUCUGCAGCAUCUGGGUCCAAGCAGGGAGGGAAACCACAAGGCAAGGGCCCCCAGCAAGGCCCAGGGCCCCGGGGACCACAGCAAGGUCCCCCCAAAAAGGGUCAGGGACCCCCUGGACAAGGGCCAAAACCAGGGCAAGGACCCUCAGGACAACAGGGACCAAGGCAAGGUCAAGGACCCCCAGGACAACAGGGACCAAGGCAAGGUCAAGGACCCCCAGGACAGGGGCCAAAACCAGGGCAAGGACCCCCUGGACAAGGACCCAGGCAAGGUCAGGGACCUCCAGGACAGGGGCCAAAACCAGGCCAGGGUCCUCCGGGGCAACAGGGCCCCAGGCCAGGUCAAGGACCACCAGGUCAAGGCCCCAAACAGGGUGCUCCCCCCGAACAAAAAGGUGGUCCGCCUUUGCAAGGACCUGGGAAACCUGGACCCCAGCAGCCAGGUCCACCUGGUCCAGGGACACAGCCUGGGGGAGGCGCUAAAGCUGCAGAGCCCCCGGGUCAGCAGGGGCCUGGGAAGCCUGGAGGUGGUCUCUGUCCAUUGUGUAAGACCACCCAGCUGAAUGUGGGGUCUAAAGAACCACCAAACUACAAUAACUGCACAGAGUGUAAGAGUCAGGUGUGCAGCCUGUGUGGGUUCAGUCCUCCAGACUCUGCGGGAAAGGAAUGGUUGUGUCUUAACUGCCAGAUGCAGCGAGCUAUGGGAGGCAUGGAUCCCCCUGGUGGGAUGAAGCCCAAGCAGGGCUCAGCCCCUCCCUCACCUCAGAGACAGGCACCUGGCAAGCCAGGCAAGCUUCUGAUCAAACAACAGAGCACCACUGACCCGGGGUUAACUCCACCGACCACGCCCAGGCAGAAAUCACCAGGCCCGACCUCUCCAGGGCCCCUGUCCCCAGGCUCUUCUGCAGCCGGAUCACCAAAAAUUGACCCCAAGACGGGUCGCCCCAUUCAGCAGAAAAGCAGCCCCCAACCUUCCCCAGCAAAGGCCAAGCAAGAGUCCAGCUUUUUUGGAGGUUUGGGUGGAAUUAGUCUGGGAGGCCUCACUGAUGUGGCCAAACCCCCGUCAGCUGCCUCUCAGGCAGCAGAGUCUGUUACAGGGAAACUGUUUGGCGGAUUUAGUGGUUUGGGGGAAUCUGCAAAGCCCCAAGGGCCAGCCAAACAGAAACAGGAAGAGUCAGUGGCAGGAAAGUUUUUUGGAGGUUUUGGGGGAUUGACUGAAGCAGCAAAACCACCAGCUGCUGCUUCUCAGAUGUUUGGCUUUGGAUCCUCAAUCCUGAGCUCAGCCACUAAUCUUGUCACGGGUGCGGAAGAUGACAAGAAAGCUGAAUCACCCCCAGAUUCCCCUGCUGACUCUGGGCCAGGUUCACCUCUUGAUUCUGGCCCCGGCUCACCCCCUGACUCCCCUUUCUCUGGUCCUGGGUCUCCCCCUGAUUCAGACUCGGCUCCUGACACCCCACCAGCUAAAUCCAAGAAGCACCCUAAGUCCCUCUCUGUGGAAGAUGAAAGGAAGGUCCCUGCAGCUGAUCCCACCCCAGAGCCUCCAAAGGCAGCUGAAUCGGUUCCUCCAGCUUCAGGCCUGGCAGCCAAGGAACACUGCUCGCUCUGUAACAUAGAGCUGACAGUGGGAUCCGCGGAUGCACCCAACUACAGUGUAUGCACCGAGUGCAAGAAGAUGGCGUGUAAUAUGUGUGGAUUCAACCCUACUCCUCACCUUGGAGAGAAAGAAUGGCUCUGCCUCAACUGCCAGACCCAAUGGGCCAUGUCGGGCCAGCUGGGAAACAUGCCACCUCCAUCCAUGGUGUCCCCCAAGAAGCAACCAUCUGCUUCUGCCCCUACCCCCUCCUCCACCCCUGCUGCUGCUGUUGUAGAUAGCAAACCUUUGGUAGAAGCAGCAGAACCAACCCCACCACCUCCUGAAGCCAAGGUAAAGAGACAGGAAACCCUGAAAGAGCCUCAAGAAAGAGAAAUCACUGCUAAAGAGACAAGUCCCACCAGCCCCUCAGACCUAGCCAAGCUGGAGAGCACAGUGCUUCCUAUUCUUGAGGCCCAGGCAAGCACACAACCAAAGGAUGAGGAGGACAAACCUACUGACACCCUGAAAACUAGGCGUAAACUAGAGGUGGUUCCUCUCUCACCUGAUUCUCCUAUCUCAGAAGAUGACAGAGAACUUUCUGAGAAGAAUGAUACCUUUGGCACUUCAAAGAGAAAACUGUUGGUACCCUUUGAUAUCAGGGGUGACUCAUUGGAUGACAGCAGUGAGAGCUUUGGAAAAGAGAGCCCCGUGUCUGGAGAUGAGGAGGACUUUAUCCGAAAACAAAUCAUGGAAAUGAGUGAGAAUGAGGAUGCCUCUCUAUCUGAUGAAGAAAACCUCAUCCGACGAAAGAUCAAAGAGGAGGAGAAGAAACGGAUGGGUCAGGAGAAACGGGAUGCUACAGAUAGGAGUUCAUCGGGAAAAGUUAGACGACUUCUCAAGAAGAGCACAAUAAGCCCGGAGGAUGAAGAUGACAAACAACUGCACUCAUCUUUGGAAAAACCUGAUGAGAAAGGAAUAGCGGGAGAACCAGAGUCCAGAGAUGGGGUGACAGAGAGUGGCAUUGCAGUACGCAAAUUCCGAACUAUUGAGCUCAGUGCAUCUAGCAUUCCUGUGUGUGUUCCUAGUGAUGAUGGAGAGGUUGAAAUGGAAAGUCUCACAGACUCACCCGAUGACCGGUCAAAAGGUGAGGGGUCAUCCAGUCUGCAUGCAUCCAGCUUCACUCCUGGUACAUCGCCAACUUCCCUUUCCUCACUGGAUGAAGACAGUGACAGUAGUAGCACAAGCCAUAUCCGCUCUGGGGAAGGGAAACAACACAGGAAAGCCAAACACAGACAACCUGGCCAAGUGCUGCCAACUAUUGAAGACUCUUCUGAGGAAGAGGAAUUACGUGAGGAAGAAGAGCUACUUAGAGAGCAAGAGAAACAGAAGGGCUCUGGAAAGAAAUCCAAGAAAGACAAAGAAGAGAUUCGAGCUCAACGGAGACGAGAGCGUCCUAAAACACCACCGAGCAACCUGUCCCCUAUUGAAGAUGCCUCACCAACGGAGGAACUGAGGCAAGAAGCUGAAAUGGAGGAGAUCAGACGGUCCUCUUGCUCAGAUUUCUCCCCCAGUAUCGAGUCAGAGCCUGAAGGGUUUGAAAUCCAUGCAGCAAAGAUUGCAGCUGUCCAGAAAACUUAUCAGUUGCCUAUGUCAGUAUCUCUUCACUCUCCAACUGAUGACCAAAAUGCUGACAAACCAAUGAAAAAAAUUCUCAAAACUGCUGACGAGGCUUAUGAGGAGAUCAUGUUGAGGGCUAAAUCUCCAACAGCUGAGAGGGAAGAGGUACAACCAGAGAAAGAGUCUCUUUAUGGGGGCAUGCUCAUUGAGGACUAUGCCUAUGAAACCCUUAUAGAUAAUAGAAAAGCUGAGUUGGAAGAGACUGAAAAAAUUAUUCUUCCGGCUCAGCCCAAAAAGCUGAGAUCCCCAGAUGAAGUUUACGAAGACAUGAUGAAGAAGAGAAAAGAAUUUAUACAGCUGGAGCAGGAAUAUCAAAAGAUGCAGCCACUAACAAAAAACAUCAAACCAGAGAUAGUCUUGCAACCUGCUGAGAAUGCAGCAUCUGAGCACAGCACAGUAACACUUGGUAAGGAUGGAAGGCCAUUACUCGAUGCCGAGGCUGCCUAUGAAGAGCUUAUGAGGAAGGUACUGACUCCUGGGACUAGUCCAACUCAACAGGAACCAGAGGUGGAAGGCACUGCAUCAAGAAAAGCACUCCACCCUAUUCCAGACUUAAAGGUGACACAGUGCUCUUCAGGAGAAAUAUCUUCUGAUGAGGAGAUGAGCGUAGUUAAGAGGGAAGAAGAGAGAAAGGAUUCAUCAGAUGUACCAUCAGUAACACCAGUGCCAGAAAUGAAACCCACAGCAGUAGUUAGUCAGGUUUCUUCUUCUGAUCAGCAACCACAGACCACCACAGUAGCAUCCCAACCUGAUGCUGUGGACCUUUCCAGUAUACCGCUCAGACCAUCAGCGCCUGUGAUUGCCAGUGUAUCACCCUUGCCUACAGUUCCUCAGUAUACUUCCACAGUACCCAGUGUUGUAUCAACUGCCCCACCUGUGCCCCCUAAGCCAAACAUCUUACGCAGAGCUAACUCUCAGGAAAAAGCAGAUGUACCAUCUGCACCUCCACCACCUCCACCCACCCCACCAAAACCUACUGUUUUCCCCAGGAAAGCUCCAGUUCCACUUCCACCUCAGGCUUCAGCAACCCCACUCAGGCCAGAACAAGUAGCUGUGACAACAGCCCAAGGGCCAUCUGUACGACAAGUGGUGGCACCAACAUACAAACCUCAUGUUCCUCCUCCAGUUCCCCCAAAGCCAUCUAUUCCUGCAGGUAUGGGGUACAGUCACAGACCAGGGGAUGGUUUCAAACCACCCAUAGCACCAAAACCUGGCUCCCAGCCAUCUUCGCCUGCUCAUGUCCCACAUCCACCAAGACCCACUGUACUUGCCACUGGCCCAGCAGACAUAGCGCUGAAUUUGAGUCCCUCUUCUGAAAGCAAGCAAUUUCAUCCCUCGCCAAAAUCACCCUCUUCACCAAGAUACGCCAGUAAUCUUCGUGACACGUAUGUUGUGAUCACACUGCCAUCACAGCCUAGUUCCCCUGUUGAGGGUGUCUCAACCCAAGCCCCUUCUAUUCCUGGUCCAGCAUCUCCUUCAAGACAACCUCCCCCUCAAAGUCAUCAGCAGCAGCAACAGUCAUAUCCUUAUCAGUAUCCACAACCAUCCUCUCAGCAAACAACCAAGGUACCCCUGGCAUAUACCCGAGUCACUGAGUCCAUAGAAAGCCAAGAAAUUUGCAGCCCAGAAAAGCAUGUGUCAAGUUCUUGUCACAUUAUUGAGGCUGUAUCUGCCAAAGCGCAGCCAGCUGUGAUUAUGCCAAACCUUGUCUCUCAAGUGGUCACCACAGAGGUCCAAAGAACCACUGUCUCUGUGGUGCAUGAACGGACACCCCCCCCAGUGCCAGCUCCGAGGGCGAAUGGUAUUCCGGUCUCAAUGGAGAAACCCCAGCCGUCACAGCAGAAUGGACAGGUUUACCAGCCUGGUGAGGUGGUAGACCUUAGGACCAUGAAGGUUGACCCAGAAUCAGAGCUGAAAGGUGUGGAUCUGUCUAAUGGCUCAGAAUCGAGACGUCAGUCCUGUGCAACUGACAUCAACGCUCGUCAGAACAGUGCAGUUCAGUCACCUGUGGUCAACCUGAGUGCUGAAUCAUCAACUUUUUCCAUAGUUACCGACAGCAUCACCAUCGUAACCUGUGCUGCCACUAUUCAACAAUAUGACAGCAUGAACACUUCCCAAGCAUCUACUGUGCCCUUGCAACUGACAAAAAACAAAGCAUUCGAGCCUGUUUCUCAAAUUGUCUAUCGGCCAAUCGAUUCUCAGCCAUCGACUAGCUCCAAUGUUGAAAUCCCUAUCAACCUGUCAGUUGGAUCUAGUAUAGGUGGAGGAACGCUCCAGUCUCCUCCUGUUACAAGCAUUCCGACACGAGUUCUUGGUUGUGUGGCCAAUGGAUUAACUACUGGCACAGCUACAGUAGCAGGAGCCAUGGACCUUAGCACAACAAAACCUUUUAACACUGUGGUAUCAGUAGAUGCUUCUUCAGCAGAAGUGGUCACAGCUGUGAUCACAGAAGAUGAUGGCAAACCCGUGGAUCUAACUGCAGGGAAAAGAGCAGUAUGUUGUGAUGUUGUAUACAAACUUCCAUUUGCGGGGAGUUGCACCACUCAGCAGCCUACCACACCUCUGCCGGAAGACCGUUUCGGAUACAGAGAUGACCAUUACCAGUAUGGCCGCUCACCCUAUGGCAUGAGAGGCUUUGGUGGAAUCAAACCAUCAAUGUCUGACACCAAUCUGGCAGAGGCUGGCCUUUUCCUCUAUAAGAGCAAGAACAGCUAUAAUUUCAAUGGUACCACAGAGGGUGCCGUAGACCUUACCUCUGCUAAGAUUUCCGAGGCAGGUGAAGCUGUGGAUUACUCCAAAAAAGGGGCAUAUUCAGGAAUGACAAUUCCACCCUAUUCCCAAGCCAGAGUCACAGGUGCUGUUGGUACACAUUUUGGCACAAGCAGCGUCCUCAGAUCAUCAAAUGGGAUUGUUUAUUCUUCUGUCGCUGCACCAGUCCCAUCCACUUAUGCCAUUACCACCCAACCAGGCUCCAUAUUUAGCACUUCAUACAACACUUUGUCAGGUAUGCAUACCAGUGACACUAUGCCAUCACUGUCUAACCUCCAAAACCUGCCACUCACACGCUCCCAUAGCUUUCUCUCAACUAUCUCCAUCACUGCAGCUGAAGAGCAAGAGGAUGCCCCGCUCAAUCUGGAGAUUUCCAAAGAGGUUAGUUCCACUGCUGAUGCUGUCACCACAGCCAUGUCCUCACUGUCCCUGGAUACUUACACAGAUGCAUCCCUGGAGGCCAUAGCUGCCUCACUGGAGGCUCUGUCCUCACCAAUGGUUCCUGGGGACGGCCAGUACCAGGCAGAGCGUGAGAGGCUAGAGAUGGAGAAGCUCAAACAGCAACGACUGGCCGAGGAGCUGGAGUGGGAGCGGCAGGAAAUACAGCGCUUCCGUGAACAGGAGCAACUCCUGGUGCAGAAGGAGCUAGAGGAGCUGCAAGUCAUGAAGCAGCAGAUCCUUGCCCAGCAGGAGGAGGAGAGGCAGGCUCAUCUCAUGAUGCAAAAAGAAACCUAUGCCCAGCAACAACAGCAGCUUGAGCAGAUUCAGAGACUCCAAGAACAGCUUCGGUUGCAGUUAGAGGAGCAAAAGCUUCGGCAGAUGUACCCAGGUGGAGACAUACCUGGGUACGGUCCACAGGAAGCAGUUGUUAUUGGACCUGAUGGUACAGUGCUUUCCAGAAAGAUCACAGACAGCGGGUGCCAAACAGAUGAAGAGGACGAUUCUGUCAGCAAAGCCUACACAGCAGGGAGGAAGAAGAGGAGUGCUAAAAAGAGUGUUGACAGUUGUGUGCAGACUGAUGAUGAGGAUCAGGAGGAGUGGGAGGUGCAGAACAGGGGCCGGCGAAGCCGGCCUCGUACCGCAAGAGGAGAUAGAAGUGGUCAGUCAGAUAUGUCUCUCCAAGCCCACACAGAGAUCUCCAUACAGACUGACACAGAGGGAAACAUCAGAAUGGACACGAAGAUGGAGCUCUCUGACUCUGAAAGAACCUCACCAAAGAAACGACCCACACCUCUAGAAAUAGGUCAGUCUCCCAACCUCAAAGCUGACUCUUCCACCCUUCAGGCACCUCCAAAAUCCCCUAAAGUGCUCUACUCUCCUAUAUCCCCUUGUAUAUCCCCGAGCAAAUCCCUUGAGUUUGUGUCCUAUGAGAAAUCGUUGGGUGAUACAAGCCCUCAGAAACUGAGAGGAGGCACCGAAUCCUCUAAAGCCUCUCCGGCAAGCCCAAGGGGACCAAAGACCAUGCAGAGAUCCAUGUCUGACCCUAAGCCCAUGAGUCCAACAGGAGAAGACAGGUCAUCGGCUGGCACGCAGUAUGGCGAUGGAUAUACUGGAAAAGGCUCAGGGGGCACACCAACAGGCACGCAAAAGAAGGUGAAGAGAACUCUUCCCAAUCCACCAUCAGAGGAUGAGUCAACCACCAGUGGCCAGCCAGCAUACAGCACAGGCUCUGCCCGCAGAAGAAUGUGCCGAAAUUCGAAUAUGGCACGUGCCAAGAUCUUACAAGACAUAGACCGAGAGCUGGACCUGGUGGAACGUGAGUCAUCAAAGCUUCGCAAGAAGCAGGCAGAGCUAGAUGAAGAGGAGAAAGAGAUUGAUGCCAAGCUGAGGUAUUUGGAGAUGGGCAUUAAUCGCAGAAAGGAUGCAUUACUAAAGGAGAGAGAGAAGAGGGAGAGAGCCUAUUUGCAGAGCGUGGCUGAGGACAGAGACUACAUGUCAGACAGUGAGGUCAGCAAUAUUCGAGAGACGAGAAGUGGCAUCGGAGAUGGUGAAGAUGAAGAGAUUGGAGGCCAUGGUCUUGAACGUCCCAGGACAGCACCACAGUCUGAACUAGAUGAUUUUGUCCCACCUCAAACCAAACACGAGUAUGGGAAAUAUUCCCAGUAUCAGUACCCUCAAAGUCAAUACCAGCAAUCUCUCUACCAAACUCCCCAGUCCUACCCAUCUCAAUCCAUCUACUCCUCUGUCCCCUCACUCACUAGUUCCCAGCAACAGAGCUAUCACCAGAUGCUUUUACUUCAGCAGAAAGCAGCCAGACAAGCAGCCCUCCUCUCAGAGCUGGACGCAACCAAAUAUGACGUCAUCAGCCGCCAGCCUGACCCUACAUCAUCAGCCUUCUUGGGAGUCAAGUAUGACAAAUAUGGCAAUCACCUUGACCUGCGAGCCCUUGAGGGGGGAAGUAUAGCAAGCAGCCCAAUGUCAACUGUCUCUGAAUCCUAUUACACAGAUGUGGAUCACCAUACACCACGGAGUUAUAUGUUACUGGAAGAUGCUGCAGAAUUGGCCAAGGGCUCCACCAGCCUGUCCUCAUCCUACAGUUUAGCUGAGAGGGAACUAGCCAAAGCAGAGAAACUGCUACGCAGAAGUGCUGCGGAUCUGGGGUCUACUGACUACUUGGGUUCAACCUCCAGGCUGCAUACAUAUGGAAAAACCCCUGAUGAAGAGGACUCCAUGGAGGAGCCCUAUGAGUUAAAGCUGCUAAAGCAGCAGCUGAAGCAGGAGUUUAGGAGAAGCACAGGUGGGACAGAAAGCCUGGAACAACUUACUGGUCUUUCUCAUCACUACUACGCUCCUAGCUCUGGCAUUUCCAGUUAUUCUCAGAGACACUACCCAAAGUCUGAGAAAUACAGCAUCAGCCGGCUUACUCUGGAGAAGCAGGCAGCUAAGCAACUUCCAGCAUCCAUGCUGUACCAAAAACACAAAACUCCACUUAUAGAGCCCAAGAUUUCCUCCAAAUAUUCCUCUAUUACAGACAACAGAGGUUUGGACACAGACUAUAGCAGCUAUCUGGGGUCUAGCACUGGGUCCCCAAGAUCUAGCCGACUCAUGCAGGAUGAGAUUACCUUCGGUCUACGCAAGAAUAUUGCAGAGCAGCAGAAAUACCUGGGCUCCACCUUGGGGGCCAACUUGGCCGGGUCACUUAACCUUGGCCAAAGUUUGGGUCUUGAUUCUGCCUAUCCCAGUGGCAGUCGCUCUAGACCCUCAUCCAGGCCUACUUCUUGCUAUGGUCUGGACUUGUCCAUCAAAAGAGACCCCUCCAGCUCCUCCCUUAGACUCAAGGGAGAUGGUGAAACUUCUGGGGAUGGGUCAAGCUUUCAAACACCUUCAGGUCGGACCAAACCCACCAGCCUGCCCAUUGUGCAAAGUGGGCGUGGUCGAAUCCCUAUAGUGGCUCAGAACUCUGAGGAGGAGAGUCCAUUGAGUCCUGUCGGUCAGCCAAUGGGAAUGGCUCGAGCAUCGGCGGGACCUCUGCCACCCAUUUCGGCUGAUUCAAGGGACCAGUUUGGCUCCUGUCUAUCUUUGCAGGACCCCCAGCAACAGCAGCAUAUCAGGGAGGAGCCCACAAGGGGUAGAGGCUAUGCCCUGUUGGAUGACCUUCAGGGCACCAUGUCAGACAGCGAAGCCCUAAGUGAUUCCCUGAUGGCUUUGAACAGAGACGAUGCGACCAAUGCCUACCACUUGAGACGGGAAGAGACGGACUGGUUUGACAAGCCCAGAGACGGGCGGCUGGAGAACGGACACGAGAGGAGACAGGGAAAAGGCCCAUACUACCCCUUUCCUCACCUCAGAGUCAAACUCCAGAGAGAUUCCAAAGACCGCAGUGUCUCAGGAAAUGGAUUAGGUAUCCGUGUGGUCGGUGGGAAAGAAGUCCCCGGAAGUAAUGGAGACAUCGGCGCUUACGUGGCCAAAGUCUUACCUGGCGGGGCCGCAGAACAAACUGGGAAGAUACUAGAAGGAAUGCAAGUCCUGGAGUGGAACAGUGUUCCUCUGAUGGGGAAGACCUAUGAGGAGGUGCAGGGGCUUGUUGGUCAGCAGUGCGCGGAGGCCGAGCUGUGUGUCAGACUCGACCUCAAUAUGUUGACCGACUCGGAGAGUUUCCAGAACCUGGAUUUACAGGAGCACACCAAAGGCGAGAGACCUCCCAGGUCUCCGGGCGUCGACCCCCAGCAGCUGGCGGCUGAGCUGCAGAAGGUGUCCCAGCAGCAGGCGCCCUCCGCGACCACCACCUCCUCCUCCUCCUCCUCCUCUGCCCUCCCCGUGACCACCUCGGCGGGCUCCAGCCCCGGGCAGCCAGGCUCACCCUCCAUCAGCAAGAAACGCCACAGCAGCAAGACGGCAGAGGGGGCCAAGACCCAGUCCCACCCUGUCACCGGAGACAUACAGCUUCAAAUCCACUAUGAUAAGCAGCUGGGCAACUUGAUCGUUCAUGUCCUCCAAGCAAGGAACCUCACCCCACAGGACAACAACGGCUAUUCGGACCCCUUUGUCAAAGUCUACCUUCUACCAGGGCGAGGUCAGGUCAUGGUUGUCCAGAACGCCAGCGCUGAAAACAAGAGGAGGUCCAAACACGCCGGAAAGAGUCUGAACCCCGAGUGGAACCAGACUGUCAUCUAUAAGAACAUUCACCUGGAGCAGCUGAGGAAGAAGACCCUCGAGGUCAGCGUGUGGGACUACGACAAGAACUCCUCCAAUGACUUCUUGGGAGAGGUCCUGAUUGACCUAUCCAACACGGCCCAGCUGGACAACGUCCCGCGUUGGCUCUCUUUGAAGGAGCAGAGUGAAGGUGAGCACCACCGGCGGUCCCACUCUGGUCAGGGUCGACAGCAUUCCUCCAAACCCUCCUCACAGCACUCCUCCCCAAAAACCACCGGGUCGUCCCACGAUGGUCAGGAUUCGCCAAAAACGUCCGUCAUCAAAAGCCGAAGCCACGGGAUCUUUCCCGAUCCAGCCAAGGGCCAACAAGGCCGCCUCUCUUUGAGGCAUCACAGACACAGCAUAGUGGGCGUGCUCACCAUUCAGAGAGCCCAGUCUGACUGGCUGCCUGCCUUGCCAUCGGUUGCAUCGGCCAAGGGGAACAGAGCAGACGGCAGACACCUGACCCUCAGGAAAGCCAUGUCAGAAGAGAGACCGCAGACCUCCGGAGCGCGGUCCAGCCACAGGUCAGGGGAUGCCCCGGUCACCGCCGCCUCAUUGGACAGCGGCUUGAGCGGCAGCGCCUUCAGCCUACUGGACGAGGAGGGAGAGACCAAUGAGGUGGACAGUGCCAUCUUUCAGGUGCCACGAUUUGGAAAAAUCCCAAAUGGAACAGAUGUGAUGAAGUCCUCAAUGGGACACUGUGACUCUGAAGGUAAAACCCAGGUGAUGGGAGAGAUAAAGAUCGCACUCAAGAAGGAGAUGAAGACAGAGGGCGAGCAUCUGGUCCUGGAAAUACUCCAGUGUCGCAACAUCACCUACAAGUUCAAGUCUCCAGAUCACCUGCCAGACCUCUAUGUGAAGCUGUACGUAGUCAACAUCGCUACCCAGAAGCGGAUCAUCAAGAAGAAGACCAGGGUGUGUCGACACGACCGCGAGCCCUCUUUCAACGAGACCUUCCGCUUCUGCAUGAACCCCACCGGACACUCUCUACAGCUAUUCCUCGUGUCCAACGGUGGCAAGUUUGUGAAGAAGACGCUGAUCGGGGAGGCCUACGUGUGGCUGGACAAAGUGGACCUGCGCAAGCGAGUGGUGAGCUGGCACAAGCUGCUGGCCAGCACCGCCCAGAUCCACUCAUAAAAGGAGAGUCCAGUCCGUCCAAAGGGGUCUGUCAGAGAUGUGGGAGACGUCUGGAGGCGCCUGACGCAACGCUCUAACGUCUCCCCUCACUGGUCCACUCUUUUCCAAUUGAAUCACGGGUUCUACUGUUGGGAUG